CACAUUGUAUGAUGCACACAAAUCAGGGACUUUUGAAGCAAAUCGCCAGCUGAAAAACAAGCUCACGUGUUAUCAAAAUGAAAAACUUGAAGAACUGGAACAAAAAGGAAAAGGGGAAACAUGAAAAAUUUAAGAAAAGAGAGAAAUGUGUGGUCAUGUUCAACGAUAACGAGCGACAGGAUUAUCUGACAGGAUUCCACAAGAGAAAGGUGGAGAGGAGGAAAGCAGCAGUGGUGGAAAUCCAGACCAAGAUAAAGGAGGAGCAGAAGAGAGUCAGAGAAGAGAGACACAAGGAGUAUUUGAAGUUGCUGCAGGAAAGAAAAGAGGCUCUCGAUGAGGAUGUUGAUGAUGAAGAAGAUGAAUUGGAGGAUGUAAUAACGGGCACAACCGAGUGUGUACAGUAUGAUCACCCCAACCAUACUGUUACCGUAACAACCAUCAGUGACCUUGACCUCACGGGGGCCAGCCUCUUUGCGCCAGAAACCAAUCAGGUUACUGAGGUGGAGGAGCAGGAGAAAAUGAGUGCUAUGCCAAAGAAAUCUGGGAAUCCGAUCCUCAAUAAAAAAAUCUGCUCACUGAACGCCUCGCUCCACGCUCACCAGACGCAGCGGAAGGGAAGCAGGAAGGGGAAACAGGAAGGCAAAGGACGAGGCCGGCCAACAGACAAGAAGCCAGGUGCCACAGACAAGAAGGGCAGAAUUGAGAAGAACAGAGUUGGGAGGACCAGCAAGAAGCAAAGACGCAGACUGACUGGGAAGAGGGUACAUCACAAGGACUGAGAGUUAUGAACAAAAUAGAUUUGCAUUUUAAGGGUCUGUCUGGCCUCUUUUUUUGAUCAGGAUCCUAAGCAGCCAUGGUGGACAUUUAGAGUUUCUAUGGUACCCGUUGGGAAAGUCUACAGAGCAAAAAAAUACACAAACUGCACAUAUUCAUUCUCAUUGAAAGCCAAUGUCUGCUCGAUCUAGAAUGGCCGUUUCAAACACUGUUUUGUUUUCACCAAUUGGACUCGACCUGUCUCUUUCCUUUGUUAGGCUCUCUCCUUUCUACAUGUUUGUUUAUAUGCUAACUGCUUUGGUAUGUUGUAUUCAUCCAAUGUGUAUAUGCUCAAAGUUUGAUUAAAAGAAAAGGAUAUAUACGAAUCACUUGGAAACCUGACUCCUCAGUCAACAUCCUUUUCCGAGCAUCAGAGAAGAGAUCUUUACGUGUGUAUUUCUAGACAUUAUAGUACCCCAUGCCCUCAUUUGUUUAGAUUUCAAGAAAUGUGGUAUAGUCAAGGAUCUUAGUGUAUACUAAUCUCAUACCUUAGCAGUGUUUAUUUAUUUACACUAACCUGAACUAACACGUGCCAUCUGUCACAAGCAGUUCAUUUUGCUUUCUAAAGCUCAUGAUAUCUAAUACAACCUUCAAUAGAGUAACUGUCAUGCAAUUGACUCCAUAUUGGUUCUAGGUCUGGCAGAUUGAUAGGUUCUCGGUAAUGUUAAGCAGAGCCAACAUGGCAGUCAGAAGUGCAUCAGUUUCAUCCAUUGUCGGAACAGCCAAUCGGAUCCAUGUAAGAGUAAGAGCCUCAGGGGGAUUGUGAGCAGGGGAAGAGGCUUGUGCCGGGGGUCUGAUGGACAGUAUAUUACCUUUCUCUAAAUGGCAUAUUCUCAGUUUAACUGAUGGCUGAGAACUCUUCUGUCAGGUAUCGUUUAAAACCUCUUCCUCUCAAAUUUAAAAGAGAAAAAUUAAAUGAAAAAUAAUACACAUUAAGAAAUCUAGAAAUUAAUUAUUCAAUAUUUUGACUUGUAUUUAGAUUUUUAUUGCUGAAAUGUUUUUAAAUUGGGAUGUUACCAAGUGCUCUCGGUGACGUUUAGUAAUGAUAUUAAUGAUAUAGUUCUAUCAUCUUCCUUUCUGUAUUGUGUUUCACUAUAUCCUCUUGUGUAAUUAGUUUUCACUUAGCUUAACUGUUCCGUUUUAUCGCACUAACCAUGAAAUAAUGACCCUUGUGGAUUAAAUAUGCUACAGCAUUGCUUCCAGCUCUGCUACAUCGUCCUAUAACAACUACGCUGUAAUAAUAUCCCAUCAAUGUCUUACACUGUGUAAAUUUCAUAUAAAUGUUGAAAGGGUUUUAGCUGUUUUUUUCUCCUCAUGGACUACUGUAUAUUUUUUUGAAAUCCACAAUUUUCCCUGAAGUACUACUGGUACUACUGUUUUACUACAACCACCUUUUCUACUUUGUGGUGUUUUAGGCUCAUUAAAUACUGUAUUUGGUUU